AUGUCAUUGAACUUUCUUCCAGGACGCCCCAAUGCUACCCCUCAGACAGCUUGUCAAGCAACAUGGCAAAAUCAUACCAUCUUUGCAUAUUGUUCAGGGAAUAAUUUAAUCAUACUUACCAACAAAUUCACUAGGUUACAGACCAUAUAUACACAAUCAGACUGUACUGCGGUCGAUAUUAACAGCCAGAAUGGAUUCAUUGCCCUUUCCUUCCACAAUAGGGUGCUCAUCUACAAGCCCAUUCAUCAAAUUAUGCAGAAUCCCAAGUGGACCCAAUGUUGCCAGUUGUUCCAUGAUGACACGCCAGUAAACUGCCUAAGAUGGUCUUCUGAUAAUGAGUUAGCCAUUGGAUCUGAUUUUCUUUCUUUUUGGAAAAUUAAGGAUAAUUUUGGUGUGUAUCAACCUAUUUUGCAGUGGAACCAAAAACAGCCUAAACCUGUUUAUAAUGUGAUUAUAUCACAAGAUUCGCAGCUGAUAGUCAGUAUUGGGAAGUACGACUGUAAUGCUAAACUAUGGAAGCGUGUUUCAAUAGUCGGAGAACAAGCCAUCUUUAACCUUACUAUGUUGCCUCAUCCGAAACCUAUAACUGCAAUGCGGUGGAAAAAAGAGCCAGACCAGGUGAGUAAAAACAACACUGCCUCUCAUGCUCUUUAUACGCUGUGUGAAGAUAAAGUUCUGAGAAUAUGGUCUUGUUUUGAAAUGGAGAAAAACCAUACUGUGCAAAUAUGGGGUGAAGUGCCUCUUUCCCCCACGCAGAAGUUCUGCGUGAUAAUAGACAAUUGGAUCAUUAGGCAAACUCUCAGUGUGAAAGACUCGGAAAUCUUUGAUAUAUCUGACUCAGACAUUGUUAUUCUGGGUUCAAUGACUGGGGAAAUGGAAGUUUUGGCUUUGAAUAAUCUUUCCCAAGAUCCUCCAAAACCAAUGACUAAAAAGACCAUUUCCCAUAAAAAAGUCAAGAAAGCAACUAUGCUAAACGAUACAAGAUAUUUGUACCUCCCCGAAAUACAACCCUAUGACAAUGUGAAGGGCAAACUUUCUUUUCUCGUCCACGAUUUACAAGGUGUAAUCAGACAUUUACUAAUCGACAUUCUGCAGCUUAUAAACAAUAAAACCGAAGAUCUGAGUGCCGCUUUAGAGCACAAAUUUACGGGACAUAACAAAUCUGUGCAGAAGUUGGUAAGAAGCAGCGACGGCGAAGCUUUAUUAACCACUUCGAGAUUCUCAGAAAAUGGCGUUUGGUACCCACAAAAGUUAAACCAUGGGGUUUCACUGCGGUUACAAAAUACAAUACAAACAGAAUCUCCCAUAAAAUUUGCAGUUGUACAUGAGUUGGGUAAACAGGUCAUCUGUCUUCUCGAAAAUGGGGCUUUACAAGCCUGGGAAUGUCCAACGAAUCGUAAGGAGGACAGUGAACAGAAGCAAUCAUAUUUACGUGUGGAAACGAGACUGAAAGAGGAGAAAAAAAUCCAUCCAAUAGUUAUGUUAAAUACACCUGAGCCAAAGCAUAGUCAUGAGCGUCAUUUCACCGCGUUAAUAUUCUCUGAUGGUUCAAUCAAAGCUUUUGAAGUCUCUUUAACACGUGGUAUUUUUGAAGUAAAGUCUGAUUCAUUAGAUAUCGAUGGUGACGACAUAUACAAGAUCUCCAUUAUUGACCCUGUACAUCAAACUUUUGUGAGUAACAGGCCUUUGAUUUCUUUGAUUACUAAAAAAGGUCUUACCAGAACGUAUAAAGCCAUCGUUAAUUAUAAUGAUAGGCAUGUCCAAUGGAUCAAGGCAUGUGAAAUUAACACCGGAAUAAUGAAUUGUACAUGUAUUAGAGGAUCAUCUACAGGUAAGUUAUGUAUUGUUAAUUCUACUGGUAAAGUAAUGUCACUAUGGGACCUGAACAGGGGAGUUCUUGAAUACGAAGAAACAUUUCAUAAUCCUAUCGAGGAUAUAGAUUGGACAAGCACGGAAUAUGGCCAAAGCAUUGUCUCUAUCGGAUUUACAGGAUACGCUUUACUUUAUACUCAAUUAAGGUAUGAUUACACGAACAACACACCUAGUUACCUACCUAUUGAAAAAAUUGAUAUCACAGCACAUACAGCUCAUAAUAUAGGUGACUCCGUAUGGAUGAAAAAUGGCACGUUUGUUGUUGCUUCCGGAAAUCAAUUUUACAUCAAGGAUAAAUCUCUGGAUUUGACUGAUCCAUUUACGUACCAAUCAAUUGGUUCAAGAAAAAUUUUAUCAAAUGAUAUUCUCCAUUUAAGUAGUGUUUUAAAUGGUCCACUUCCAGUUUAUCAUCCACAAUUUUUGAUUCAAGCCAUUUAUGCGAAUAAGUUACAACUUGUCAAGGAGCUGUUAUUAAGAUUGUUUUUAGCGUUAAGAAAAUUAGACUUUGAAUCGCAAGAUGUAUCUAAUUUGGAUUCCAAUCUAGGAAUGGAUCCAUUAAAGUACUUUAUUGCUAAAGAUAGAGACUAUCCGGUCGAAUCUUUCCCUGAUCCAUACCCCUGUUUCAAUAAGACAGUGUCUCUAGCACUUACUGAGCAACUAACGAAAACAACUUUGCCUUAUCUAACCCGCCACCAGCAGAUCACGCUUAUCACAGUCAUUGAAGCAGUGGAUGAAGUCACCAAAAAUGAGAAUAUAGUAGAUUACAACGGUGUUAGGUUCUUGUUGGGCGUGAAGUUAUUUUUAUCACAUAAAAAUAUUCAAAAAAGCAUAUUGAUGAGGGAUGUGUCUUGGGCAUUGCACUCAGACAAUAAAGAAAUAUUAUUAUCUUCUAUUGACCGCCACAUAACCUCAUGGAAUCGCGCUCGAGAAUAUAGAAUAGCCUAUUGGAUUAAGGAGCAGGACUUGGUGAAGAAAUUCGAGGAUAUUGCAAAAUAUGAAUUUUCCAAAGAUGAUAAGAGGGAUCCAAGCCGUUGUGCUAUUUUUUAUCUUGCGUUGAAGAAAAAACAGAUACUAUUGAGCUUGUGGAAGAUGGCUAUUGGUCAUCCUGAGCAGCAAAAGAUGGUUAGAUUUAUCAGUAAUGAUUUCACUGUACCGAGGUGGAGAACGGCAGCACUCAAAAAUGCUUUUGUUCUGCUAAGUAAGCAUAGAUAUAUGGAUGCAGCAGUUUUCUUUCUCUUAACUGACUCUCUAAAAGAUUGUGUCAACGUUCUUUGCAAGCAAGUGCAUGAUAUGGAUUUGGCAAUCGGUGUAUGUCGUGUUUAUGAAGGUGAUAAUGGACCCGUGUUGGGAGAGCUAUUGACAGCGCAAAUGCUACCUGAAACAAUAAAGGAGAAUGAUAGAUGGAAAGCAAGUUUCAUUUACUGGAAAUUGAGAAAGCAGGAAGUGGCUAUUAAAGCUUUGCUGACUGCUCCGAUUGAUUUAGAAAACAACUCAAGCAUUGUUGAUAAGGAAGUCUGUGUUAACAGAUCAUUCCUUGUUGAAGACCCUGCUUUGCUCUAUCUAUACAAUCACCUGAGAAACAGAAACUUGAAGUAUUUCAUUGGAUCUCUAAAUGUUGAAGCAAAAAUCGAGUGUACUCUGAUCUUAAGAGUUACUGAUAUUCUUUGCCGAAUGGGUUGCAAUUACCUGGCGGUUUCACUUGUGAAGAAUUGGAAGUUCAUCGAAAGAAAUUCCAUACCAGUUCAGAAGCUAUUAAAGAGCCCCACCAAGGAUAGAGCAUAUUCUGCUAUUGGCGCCAUGGCGUCUGAACCAAUUUCUACUGCUAGGAUGAGGCCCAGUCUUUUUGAUAAGUUUGGCUCGCCAAGUGCUUCAGAUAUAGAGUCACCUAAUCCAAAGUUACCAAAUAGCUUAUUAGACGACUUCUUGCAACCACCACCAAAUAGCACUUCUUCAAAUUCCCUCGCUCAAAGUUCUUCUUCUGCACCUAGAAGUAUACUGGAUGAGUUCGUCUCUCCUUCAUAUUCUCAGCAUAAAGAGAAUUUAACUCCAAAAGCGCCAAACGACUCUGUGGGUGAAACAGACAACUCAGAAAAUAGGAAAGAUAAACUCUCUAAGGACAUAUUAGAUGAUCUUUCAUCACAAAAGCCACAGAAGCCAAAAAAAUCUGCUAUUACCAAGAACUUACUAGAUGACUUUGUAUGA